AUGCACUGGCCACCUACGCCCUUCCAUCUAGCCAAUCCAUUUGAAAAAUCACCCGACAAGGCCGACUCAUACGAAGGCCGCUCCAGACGCAGUGACGGUUCCAGCGGUCACCUCGCUUCAGACUCGCGCUGUGGUCGGCGGUUACUCGCUCUACUGACAGUCAAAUUCCUCCUGCCUAUCCUUCAAUCUCUUCUGCGCAGAAUAAACCGUUCCUACCACUCUGACCUUCCACGUUCCAGCUCUGAAGAUCGUACUGGCAAGAGUUUUACCUCAUUAGCCUUAACUCAACGCGAUAAUGGUUAUCCGCGACAUGAGAUGAAAUCUCAACUUCCGAUGCGGCUGAGCUGA